UUUUAAUCGCCUGCACAGCUUGGGGUUGGCAGGCUGCGAGAAGUAGAGAGAGGAGGCGAGGUUAGAAGGACCAGCCGCGGCUUCUGCUUCAGUGCGAUCGGAGAAGACAGACCCACCGCUCCCGAGGAGCCAGCCCAAGCCAAGAACGUGGAACCUGGACCCUGGAGCCUGAAGCCUGGAGCCUGGAGCCCCGGAGCCGCUAUGUGGCCCGGACUGGUGCCAUGUGCCUGCGCCCCCGCGGGUUGCGGGGCGCACCCAGAUGCCUUCUGACAGUAAGACAGCCCCAGCUUGAGACAGAGAUGAUGUCUUGAGAGUUCAGUGUAUCUUUGCUGUCACCAUGUCUAUGAACACAUCCAAGCAGUCCCCUUCUCCUGCUGCAGGAGUCCUUACCAACACCACCUGCCAAACUGAAAACAGGCUCUCAGUCUUCUUCUCCAUUAUCUUUAUGACAGUAGGAAUUCUGUCCAACAGCCUGGCCAUUGCCAUUCUCAUGAAGGCAUACCAGCGAUUUAGGCAGAAGUCCAAGGCAUCUUUCCUGCUCUUUGCCAGCAGCCUGGUGAUCACUGACCUUUUUGGCCACCUCAUCAACGGAGCCAUAGCUGUGUUUGUCUAUGCCUCCAACAAGGACUGGAUCCGCUUUGAUCAGUCUAAUGUCCUAUGUAGCAUUUUUGGAAUAUGCAUGGUGUUCUUUGGUCUGUGCCCCCUUUUCCUGGGUAGUGUGAUGGCCGUAGAGAGGUGCAUCGGAGUCACCAAACCCAUAUUCCACUCCACGAAGAUGACAUCCAAGCAUGUGAAAAUGAUGCUGGCAGGUGUGUGCCUCUUUGCCAUCUUCAUUGCCGUGCUCCCCAUCCUGGGGCUCCGAGCCUAUGAGAUCCAAGCAUCCCGGACCUGGUGUUUCUACAGAACCGAGCAUAUCCAAGACUGGGAAGACCAAUUUUAUAUCUUGCUCUUUUCUUUUCUGGGGCUGUUAGCCCUGGCCAUUUCAUUCUUGUGCAAUGCCAUCACAGGAAUCACGCUUCUGAGAGUCAAGUUCAAAAAUCAGCAGCACCGACAAGGCAGAUCUCAUCAUUUUGAAAUGAUCAUUCAACUCUUGGCCAUCAUGUGCGUCUCUUGCGUUUGCUGGAGCCCAUUUCUGGUGACCAUGGCCAGCACUGGAAUCAAUGGAGGAGAAUCACUGGAAACCUGUGAGAGGGUCCUCUUUGCUCUCCGCAUGGCCACGUGGAAUCAGAUUUUGGAUCCCUGGGUGUACAUCUUGCUGAGGAGAGCUGUCCUCAAGAACCUCUACAAGGUUGCCCAGCGGUGCUGUGGAGUGCGCACCAUCAUCAGCUUGCAUGCCUGGGAGCUCAGCUCCAUUAAGAAUUCCUUGAAGGUUGCAGCCAUUUCAGAGAGUCCCACUACUGAGAAAACAAGCUCACAGCCACCCACCCCUGUGGGGCAAUGAACCCGUAGAGGCACAGUAAAGAUGAGAUGGGGCUGAGGCCAUUAUCCUGUUAACUCGAUAAUUACAGCCUACAGGUUUGAGGGCUGGGGCUGUCAUAGCUGAUGUUGUUGUAUAUAGUCAUUGAAUUAACUGGAUAAUUGCAAAUCUCUGCUUUGCUUUAUGUAGACACAGCCUCAAGGCAAAGUGUGUGAUAAAAUGACAUGAGGGCCAUAGACUGAGGUCAACUUUGUGGCCAACUGUAUUGAUGACUAGGUGCAUUCUCCAAGGUUGACCAAGGAGUCCCCAAAUGAGCACUUAGACACCCUAUCUAGAGCUGAACUGGAGGGGGGCUCAGAUGUCAUCAUUAUACAGAUAAGGGAACUGAGGUCAAGGGAGCCUAUUGACUUACCUAGGACCACACCGAAGUAAAUGUGAAAGGUGGCCUGGGGAAUCCACAUGGCUCUGGUUUCUGACUGGCUGGUACCCAGCUCUGUCAUGAGGCCCAUGAGGCCCACUCAGUGGGUUGAUAUUGCUGUAUGUUUCUGGUCUGAUCUCUCAGUGAUUUUAGAGGCAUCCUAGGCCACAUCACAGAACCAUAGAAUGGGAAGUGGGAAGGGGCCAUCUUGUCUGACCCAAACCUGAAAAGAAUCCCCAGUAGAGCUUAGCUGGCAAGUGGCCAGAGAUCCUUGGUUUGGAGACCUCCAGGCAGUCCAAGGCACUUCUGGCCCAGCUCAUUAAUUUCCUAUUCUGAGGUACACUCAGGAUUCAUGACCUUUGUGUGUGUGUAGCCAGUCUAUACAUUUCUUAAUGGUCAAUGUAUAAAGCCCUGGAUGGGGCUUAUGGAGAUUAUCAAUCUAAGAAGUAGGCACCAAAGUUGUAUCCAAUUCAAAUCCAUUCUGUAGAACUUUAUUGAGGACCUACUAUGUGCCAGAUACUGUGCUGGGCACUGAGGAUAGACACAAAACAAGAACAGUCCCUGCUUUCAAGGUGGUGGGGGUGGGGAUGGGCAUGGGCACAACAUGUAUACAGCUGACUGAACCCAAAACGUCUACAAAGUCAUUAUGAGUAGCACGAACAAUGGGGUGCAUUGGGAAAUUUGCAUAUCUUGUAGGAGGUAGCCUUUAUUCUGAACCCUCAUCAAUUUAGAUUUCUUUGGCAAAGCCUCUAGACCACCAGAGCUGGUUGGUUGCAGCCCUCCAAGGCCACCACCUAAAUGUGAUCUGUAUCAGUGGAUGGACUAUUCACAUGGAGGACAUCACAGUUCCUGGAAAUGGUCAAGUCAGGAGAUGAGAGUUGGUGGGCUUUCACUAGGGGAAUCACCAAAGAGGACCUUUUCACCUGAAUGAUGUUGGAGACAUCAGUCUUAUCCAGGGAAACUAAAAUUGAAGGAGCGGCCCCAUUAAUGGCCACCCUUCAGAAUUUCAGCCCUGUCCAUGCAGGGCUCACCAAUGUAAUUGAAUAAUAAUUAACUUCAUUGAAAGCAUAGGGAAAUGUGGGACCUCAGAGCCUGUCAAGUUUAACCCCCUCAUUUUACAGAUGAGGAACUCAGGGCUAGAGAGGUUCAAUGACUGACUGUGUUAAGUAGCAAAGCAAAGCUUCAGAAGAGUCCCAUGAGUCCCAGGCUAGAUUUUUCCCCCUUCCCAACAUUAUCUAGUGGAGUCAUGUUGAGUUCCUUUAGAAGCAUCACCUGAGUGGGCAUCAGAGCUGCUGAUGGUUCCUUUCUCCCUGUGGAAGCUGGUGAUAUCUAGGUGGUUGUGGCUAAGAAGACCAGAUGAUAAGGAUUUGAUCCCAAUUGUGCUAAGGGAGUGACUUAGAAAUCUGAGCUUUGGGGGCCCAUAAAUUGUCCAUGCAAUUUCUCAGCUGUGAGGCAUUUUCAGUGUUGGAUCUUGCACUUGUUGAGGACAAAGACCUUGUGCAGAUUUCCAUGACUAACCUGAGCCCCCCACAUAUUCAAUCUCGAAUCUGAUGGCAAGUGCAGACCAUGUUGACCCCACUAUCCACUUUUGGGUGGAAGAAAACCUGAAAAAUGAGCUUGAUUGUAGGUAGAAAGUUACAUCUUCUCAUAGUCAGUGUAAAUAUGGCAAAUGGAACAUGCCUAAAGCUUAUGUUACCUCUCUGUGCAAUGUAGUAAGCAGUCUUGCCUGGUGCCUGUAUUUUCAAGUGUGACUUCCCUAGGUUAGAACCCCAAGGGAGGGCCUGCUUUUGGUAAGGACAGAAUUGCUCUUGGUAAAAUCUGUUGAUGACUUUGUCUGCCACAUCAUUUCUGCUUCCUCUUAGGGGACUGGAUGGGAAGGAUGUAAAUAUGCUGCAUAUCAUUGCUUAAUCCAUCAUUUGGGUGUCACAGUUCAAGGUAACAGCUGCCAAGCAAUGUGGGACACUUGAAAGUGACCAUCUGCUCACUCCGCCAUUGUAAUGGUGUGCUAAAUGCAUGUGCUGCCUUGGACUUUAUCGUGUGAAUUAAUGUAUUUUGUGUUCUCUGUUCUGGCUGACAUGUUGAAAAGGUUCAACAGUGAUGUGUAUAUUUGGUUGCUUGUAGUCUAUGUACCAGUAUUGUAAUGAAUGU